AGAAUCUUCAACAUCUGAUAGGAAGUCAUUAUUUGAGGUUAUGACAUUUAUUACAAGAAGUUAGAAAUAAAAUUCAAAAAACCAAAUAGUUUUAAAUAAUUGACCUUGUAAUAAAAAUAGUAGCUGAAAACGACUUAUUCCGGGUGUUCGCCACUAGCCAUGCGAAAGUAUUCCAAAUGUAGCUGAUUUUAAUUGUGAUGGCAACAGCAGUGGACGAAUUUGGUUUAUGGUUAGGUAAGAAAUUGAGGGAUCUCGAUAUAGACGAAUGCGUCUUCGGAUCGUACAUAAGUGGCAUAUUAGACGGUGAUGAGAGCGAAGAAGAGAAAACGGAUGCUCUUGAGGGAAUACUCUCCGAAAUUCUUGUAACUGAUAAUGACAUUAUUAAAAUACGAUCAGAGAUAAUGGAAAUGUGGUCGCAAUUACGUCAACCCCAAAUGUCCGCAACGACGCAGGCCGUAUCCAGCGAAGAAGUCGACAUUCGUUUGGCACGUCUUCUCGAAUCGCAAUCGUUACAGAUUCCCAAACAAAAGCAGUACACGGACGAAGAAAAGAAAAUUAGGGAAGCCAUUUUAUCUCAGUACAGCCAAAUGACCGACGACGAAGACGACGAUGUGAAUGAGCCGGGCGAUGUAAAGGAAAAUGGUUUAGAGAAAAACAGAAACGCUCACGCAGUCAUGCAAGCCGAAAAAGAAAAACGAGAGCAAGCAAAAUUGGAGAGUCAAAAGAAAAAGGAGAAGGAUAAGGAAGAUCGUGAGAAACAAAAACAAUUGAGGGAAGAGAAAAAAGAGAAACGCAAAACACAAAAAGGCGAACGAAGAAGGUAGCAAGUGUAAUGACAUUGAUCGAAUUUUUUUUAAUAGUCCUCCGGUUUCUAAUUGCAGUAUUAAAUUCACUGUCUUUAUGUUAUUAAUAAUUGUGGAAUCAAACUUUAGUGUAUGAGUAAAGUAUUCUUUGUUGGUCUGCA